AUGCAUUCAUCGUCUAACGAAAAUAUUGGAAAACUACGUUAUAUAUUUAAACAAUUAUUCACUAUUGAUUAUGUUAAAUCUGUUUUAGUUAGUUUGGUAACAGAAUAUGAAACUCCAAAAAUUGUUACGAUUCAUAGUUGGUCAAUAGCGUUAACAUGUCGUGCUGUUCAAAUUGCAAUAUUAACUUAUACUAUUCUCUAUGUUAUGGGAUAUCAAAAAGGAUAUCAACAAAUCGACACAGCAAUGAUAAGUUCAGUAACGUUAAAAGUUAAAGGUAUCGGUAUUAGUUAUAAUAAACAGAAUGAGAUAAUAACAAUUGAUAAUGCCGAUUAUAUUAUACCACCACAAGAGAAUAACGCUUUGUUUAUCAUGACAAAUUAUAUUAAAACUGAUCAACAACGAACAAAAUGUAGCGAAGGAUUUGAUGUAAGGCCUGCAAAUUGUACAUCAAACGCCGAUUGUACAAAAAAUCAACAAACGUCAAAAGCAAAUGGACGUUGGACUGGUAUCUGUCGAAAACCAAAAAAUAGUUCAACGACAUCAUUUGGUCUAUGUGAAAUGGAAGGAUGGUGUCCAGUAGAAAAUGAUUUAAUUCAACCUGAACCAGUUAGUGAUGCAUUAAAUUUUACAAUUUUUGUUAAAAAUUUUAUUGAAUUUCCAAAAUUUAAUACAGCACGCAGUAAUCUUAUACAUGACUCAAAUUAUUUAAAAAAUUGUAAUUGGAAUUCUGUUACACAUGAACAAUGUCCAAUAUUUAGAGUAGGAGAUUUAUUAAAUAUAGUUGAAACAGAUGAUGAUGAAAGACAAAAAAUGUUAAAAUAUGGUGGUGUUAUUCGAAUUAAAAUUGAUUGGAAUUGUAAUUUAGAUAAACCAUUAAGUGAAUGUAUACCUAAAUAUACGUUUGGACGUCUUGAUUCUCGUUCUAAUAUAGAAAAAUUUAGUUUUGGUUUUAAUUUUCGUUUUGCAUCACAUUGGAAAUAUUAUAAUCAAACGUAUCAUCGAGCUUAUCGAACAUUAACAAAAGCAUUUGGAUUAAGAUUUAUUAUAACUGUGACAGGACAAGCAGGUAAAUUUAAUUUUUUAACUUUAACAUUAAAUAUUGGAUCAAUGAUUGGUGUAUUAGGUUUAGCAACAUUUAUUUGUGAUAUUUUGGCAUUGAAUUGUGGUAAGAAAGGAAUUGUUUAUCGACAAGAAAAAUUUCAAACUGUUGAUUUGAGAACAAGAAUUGAACAAUUAAGACGUUUAUCAGAAAAUGGGAGAGAUAGAGAAGGAAAAAAAGAGGAUAUAAGUAAUGAGGAUACUAAACAAUAUUUGCCGAGAAAAGAUCUGCCCACUAUUCAGCCAACAUAUAAAGAUGAUGAUGUGUAG